AUGAAAUCAUUCGCUUCUCUUGUUGCUGGGUCCAUUGCCUUACUUUCUUUUCUGAGCAGCACACACGCUGCAUUCAACCACACUGAUGGACCUUCUUGUGGCGCCCCAAAGCCAGAUGACAGCUACUUCAGCGUUGUCGGAGUACAGGGGACCGGGGUGCAUCCGCGCAUGGAGCUCCGAGAGCUUCAGCAAGAUGCUGAACUUUGGAACAUGUUUAUACUCGCAUUUGCUCGGUUCCAGGCCAUGGAUCAAUCUCAGAAGACUUCGUACUAUGAGAUUGCAGGGAUACAUGGAGUACCUUUUGGGCAGUGGGAUAACGUUAAAGGUAUCCCUGGCCAAGAGAAGAUGGGCUACUGCCCCCAUUCAUCUAACAUCUUUGGCACAUGGCACCGCCCGUACCUCGCACUGUUUGAGCAGAUUCUCCACGACCGCGCAGUCGACGUUGCCAAAGAGUACCCUAUCGGCCAGGCUCGUAACAAAGCUUUGAAGAUCGCGGCUCGAGUACGCCUUCCAUUCUGGGACUGGGCGAGAAAGCCGUUGAAAUCAGAUGAAGGUGUGAUUCCGGCGACUUUGCGAGUUCCAUGCCUUUCAGUCACACAUCCGAAUGGGACUGUGGGAGAAAUCCCGAAUCCCCUCUUCCGAUACGAUUUCAAUCCUGUGCCCCAAAAGGUCUUUGCUGAACUGGUCGAGUAUGAAUUCAAGGAGUGGAAUCAUACUCUUCGCUAUCCGCUCAACCCUUACUUCGCCAAUGCCACUAGUCGUGACGAUGAUGUCAACGUGGUAAUAGGCAAGCAGCAGGAUAGUAUUCGUGAUACUGUCUAUAAGCUGCUCACGACCUACCAAACCUAUAACCAAGUGAGCAACAGGGCCAAUGGUGGUAGUAUUGGCAACUUUGAAAGCGUUCAUGACGGUGUACACAACGUGUUUGGACUCGGACACAUGGGAAUUAUAGAAGUGUCUGCAUUUGAUCCUGUCUUUUGGUUCCAUCACUGCAACGUUGAUCGGCUUCUGGCGCUGUUCCAGGCUCGCUACCCUGAUACCUAUGUCGAAGAUUCCAAACAAGAUCGAGGAACGUUUGCUAUUGCCAGAGGCAGUGUUAUAGGGGCAGCCUCCACUCUGCCACCAUUCCACAUGAAUGCUCUGGGCGACAUGUGGACGUCUACCACGUCACGCGACUGGACUGCCUUUGGCUACACUUAUCCCGAGCUUGUUGGUAACCCAAGCAAUGAGACACUUACUUCUACUAUCAACCAGUUGUACAAGCCACAGACACCCGCUCUGCCAAUCAGCAACUCAACCCAACCAGGAAACACAACCUUGCCAGCUCCAGUGGGCAAGAAUGCUACCAUACCAGCUAUCGAUUGGUCUUGCGAGGUUAACAUGCCAGCCAAUAUCCACAUCUCGUACUCCGUCCGCGCCUUCCUUGGUGAACCAAGUUCCAACCCAACCGACUGGCCAACCGACGACAACUGCAUCGGCCAACUCGCUGCAAUGUCCUCUCCUCGCUCCAACUCCGCUCUCACCGUAGCCGGCAACAUCGGGCUUUCCGACGCCCUAAUGCGUAAGCACAAAUCCGGGAAACUCAAAGACCUCAAGAAAGAAACAGUCGAAGCCUAUCUCAAAGAAAACUUCAGCUGGCGCAUCCAAGCCCUCGACCUUACCGAAAUCCCACGCAACAAGCCCCCUCCAGGCCUCAACGUCACCAUCCGCAACGUCGCAGUCAGUAUCCCUAAAUCAGACACCCAAGUCCCCAUCUCGCACGGCAACGUGCAGUACAAUACGGAUAUCAGUGGAAACCCUCCUGUGUACAAUGGACCGGGCCCCGAUGGCACGAAUACGACACUACCCGAUCACCAGAUGACGGGCCAGUACGACGCCAUUGCCGGGAAAUUUGUAUGGAAAAAUGCGACUCUGGUAUCCGAGAUUGAGAAUUCAGAUGUGCCAAGGCAGAUGCCCGAGAAUGUGCUGUUGAAGCCGAUUAGUGUGCCAUCUGCAGCGGUAUCGUCUUCUUCACCCACAUCAUCCACUCACACGUCAAUCGCUACAUCCCCAACUGCACCUAAACCCUCUCCAGCCCCUACAGCCCCUGCGGCCCCUGCAGACCCCCAGACAACAGUCGUCACAUCCGUCAUCAUCGAGUAUGUGACUGUAUGA